GCGCCGGCUCGGGCCGCUUACAUAACGGUGGGGGUGGGGCCCGCGCGUGCGUCACGCGCCAGCUCCCGGCAGCCCCCGCUGCCCCCUAUAUAACCGGCGUCCGCGCGGCCGGGCGCCCACAGUGAGCGGCCUCCCCCAACGGCGCCGGAUCUUGUUCAGGCCUUCGCCACCCGCUCUAAGUGAUCGGAGUCGCCUCGCCCACCGCCACCAUCGCCAUGCCCGGGUAUUCCAGCGACAGGGAUAGAGGGUUUGGAGCCCCUCGUUUUGGAGGAAGUAGAGGUGGACCUCUCUCUGGGAAGAAAUUUGGAAACCCUGGGGAGAAACUUACAAAAAAGAAAUGGAACUUGGAUGAGCUGCCCAAAUUUGAGAAGAACUUCUACCAAGAACAUCCGGAUGUAGUUAGACGUACUGCGCAAGAAGUUGAACAGUACAGAGCAAGCAAAGAGGUCACAGUUAGGGGCCAUAACUGUCCAAAACCAAUUAUCAACUUUUAUGAAGCAAACUUCCCUGCAAACGUUAUGGAAGUAAUUCAGAGGCAGAACUUCACUGAACCAACUGCUAUUCAAGCACAAGGUUGGCCAGUUGCACUGAGUGGAUUGGAUAUGGUUGGAGUGGCACAGACUGGAUCAGGGAAAACACUCUCUUACUUACUGCCUGCCAUUGUGCAUAUAAAUCAUCAGCCAUUCCUGGAGCGAGGAGAUGGACCUAUUUGUCUUGUGUUGGCACCAACCCGUGAACUGGCCCAACAAGUGCAGCAGGUAGCUGCAGAGUACAGCAGAGCAUGUCGUUUGAAGUCCACGUGUAUUUAUGGAGGUGCUCCAAAGGGACCACAAAUCCGUGACCUGGAAAGAGGUGUGGAAAUCUGCAUUGCAACACCUGGAAGACUUAUAGACUUCUUAGAAGCUGGAAAGACCAAUCUCAGGAGGUGUACUUACCUUGUCCUUGAUGAAGCUGACAGGAUGCUUGACAUGGGAUUUGAACCUCAGAUCAGAAAAAUUGUGGAUCAGAUAAGACCUGACAGGCAGACUCUGAUGUGGAGUGCCACAUGGCCGAAGGAAGUGAGGCAGCUGGCUGAAGAUUUCUUGAAAGAAUAUGUGCACAUCAACAUUGGUGCACUGGAACUGAGUGCAAACCACAACAUUCUUCAGAUUGUGGAUGUGUGUCACGAUGUCGAGAAAGAUGACAAGCUUAUUCGUUUGAUGGAAGAAAUCAUGAGCGAGAAGGAAAACAAAACAAUUGUUUUUGUGGAAACCAAAAGGCGUUGUGAUGAUCUCACCAGAAAAAUGAGGAGAGAUGGGUGGCCAGCGAUGGGUAUUCACGGUGAUAAAAGUCAGCAGGAGCGGGACUGGGUUCUAAAUGAAUUCAAACAUGGAAAAGCACCAAUCCUGAUUGCCACAGAUGUUGCAUCCAGAGGUCUAGAUGUGGAAGAUGUGAAAUUUGUCAUCAAUUAUGACUACCCUAACUCCUCAGAGGACUAUAUCCACCGAAUUGGACGAACUGCCCGCAGUACCAAAACAGGCACAGCAUACACAUUCUUUACUCCUAACAAUAUUAAGCAAGUAAAUGACCUCAUCUCUGUGCUUCGGGAGGCUAAUCAAGCCAUCAACCCCAAAUUGCUUCAGCUGGUUGAAGACAGAGGUUCAGGUCGUUCCCGAGGUGACCGACGUGACAGAUACUCUGCGGGCAAAAGGGGUGGAUUUAGUAGUUUUAGAGAGAGGGAGAACUUUGAGAGAACCUAUGGUGCGCUAGGCAAGAGAGACUUCGGAGCAAAAACCCAAAACGGGGCUUACAGCGCCCAGAGUUUCAGCAAUGGAACUCCCUUUGGGAACGGCUUUGCAGCUGCAGGCAUGCAGGCCGGCUUCAGGGCCGGCGGUAACCCCACAGGAGCGUACCAGAACGGCUACGAGCAGCAGUACGGCAGUAACAUUGCCAGCAUGCACAAUGGCAUGAACCAGCAGCAGUACGCCUACCCUGCCACUGGUGCCGCUCCUAUGAUAGGUUACCCCAUGCCCACAAGUUAUUCUCAAUAACUUAGUGUAUUUAAAUGUCUCAGUUUUUCAUAAUUGCUCUUUAUAUUGUGUGUUAUCAAAACAGGAUAGUUAUUUAAGAAAUGGGAAAUGCAGAAAUGACUGCAGUGCAGCAGUAAUUAUGGUGCACUUUUUCGCUAUUUAAGUUGAAUAUUUCUCUACAUUCCUGAAACAAUUUUUAGUUUUUUGUACUAGAAAAUGCAGACAGUGUUUUCAAAGUAAAUGUACAGUGAUUUGAAAUACAGUAACAGAAGGCAGUGCAUGGCCUUCCAAUAAAGAUAUUUGAAGACCGAUUUUUCUUUCAGAUGACAAUUUUCUCAACAUGUGCACAACUUUACAUUAAUGAUAUGUCAAAUGUUUUUAUAUUAAAUUCUAGAAAGGUUUCUCAACUGUGUCUGAUUAAACAUUUAAGCUUAUACAAAUACCAGCCUUGCCUUGAUUGGGCUAGAUUGCUUAGCAUGGCAGGCUCUGCUUUGAUGGGGAAGAAAAUUAAAGCUGGCUUCCAAGAAAGUAUUGGAAGCAGUGUUCUUCCUUGUCUCACUAGCAUAGGGCCAGUUCUUGGAAAAGAUCAAAACUCUGUAGUGGUGUUGCUAACGAGCUGCUACGAGCGUAGGAAGCUUCUGCAGCACCGUAACCGUCGCCUUCACACGAGCAUAUGUGCAGACCAGGCUUGAGUGUUGUGUACCCACAGCUGCAGGCGUUGUGAGUUAGCAUGCAGGCUUCUGAGCUUCAGAGAAACAGGAAGAUCUUAGUAUUAAAACUUCAAAUUAUACUUA